AUGAACAAACCAGUCGUUUUUACAAAUGUUGCAAACAGUUGGAGUGCUCUCUCGAAAUGGACUGACGAUUAUAUAUUGCGAGUGAUCGGUGAUCACAAGGUCGAUGUCAAUAUGUGUACGUUUGGAAAGAUGUCCGAUAUUACCAAGAUGUCGUUCGCCGAGUAUUAUCGUAACUCACUCGCACAAUGGCCAGACAUCAAACCGGAGACACUCAAUCAGAAUCUUCCAUACCUCAGAAAUUUCGAUUGUUUCGGUGAGUUUCCUGCGUUUGGCGAUGAUGUCCGUAGUCAAGAACUUUUCAAACCCGACAUUCAUAAUAUGAUUGUUCGUGGAGCAUUUAUCGGUGCUAAAAACACUGCCACUCAUUUCCAUAAGGAUACAGGUGAUAAUGUCGUCGCUGUUAUUCGUGGAAAGAAGCUGGUUGUUCUAGUUCCACCAGCGGAGGAAUCAAACUUGACAAGAGAUCCUCUCAAUAUCUCGGUUGGCGAGAACGAUUCAGGUGCACCACUCGAGUCACAUCCUUCACUUGCACGCGUAAACAAUGCCUUUGUUACGACAUUGGACGUUGGAGACGCUCUUUUCAUUCCCAUCGGUUGGAAUCACUAUGUAAAGAAUUUAGAUUUCACUGUUUCAGUGUCUUGUUGGGGAAAGGAUAUUAAUCCUGAUAAACAACAUUAUUAA